CUGGGACGAGCUCAAAUGUGCUGAACCAACUCUGAGGUAAGCAUUUGGGUGACUGCUUACGUAUACAUAAUACUAACACUUAAACUUGCGGCAUUGCGAUAAGAGGACAUGGCAUGAUAUUUUGAUUCUUCCAGAACUAUGUACAUACUAACUUGUUUUAUGUAUCUGUGAUUCUAUAUGGUGGUCCUUUCAGUAAACUGAGUAAUUGAUUUCCAAGUAUAAUGUAAUUCUAUUUCAAGAUAGAAAUCGAUAUUUGUUACCAGAUAUGGACCGAUUCACAUUUGGAUGUAAUCUAUGUCUGGGAAAAAUGGAAUUCAGUGACAUAAUUUGCAGGAAUGAAAAUUGUAUUUUUUUUAAUACGACUAUGUGUGUCAAGUACUUUAGGCCGUGCUGAAGCGCCCACUAGCAAUCCACGAUGGCCCUACAGCGCCAAACGGGCGGAGUUUGGUACCCAGAGGGUAUGCUGCUUUUGCCUAACUAGUUGAUAAACUUCUUUGGCAGUCGGGCAAUGCCAAACCCCCUAUAAUCACCGAGUGAGCGACCGAGCGUCUUAUUUGUAUAUUUUAUAAAAUGCACUCUACGACGUAUAAUAUGUCACAUAAACAUCACUGAAGGUAUUGUGUACAGAUGUGUGUCAGAUACAAACAGAAUGCAUAGUACUUUAAUUUAUGCAUAUUUGAAUGGUAAUAUCAGCAUCUAGUUUAACUACUUUCACUGAAUCGAGUAUAUAUAUAACGUUAUAUAUAUAUAUAACAGCGGUUAAGACGUUUCUUCAUUUUCAGUGCUCUACUCCAGCAGUGAUAUAUAUAGAGCACUGAGUAAAAAAAAUGAUUUACAUCACUAAGGUGAUUCAUUCAGAGUUUUUCAUAUGAACAUUCUCUUAAGUCGUGUUCAUAUUUCCUAUGAACUAGGUUAUAAACAGGUGACCAUGGACCGGAGGGACUUCCUCCAGGCUGCCAAAUAUGGGGAUGUAGAGAAAGUCCGAAGAGGGCUGGAGGCAGGAGUGGACGUCAAUACAGAGGACGAGUACGGAGACACAGGUCUGCAUAGAGCGUGUGCAGGAGGUCAUGUCAAGGUUGUGGAGCUGCUCAUCAAGAACGGAGCUAAUGUCAAUGUGACUAACUGGACCGGAGACACAGGUCUGCAUGAAGCGUGUGGAUGGGGUCGUGACAAGGUUGUAGAGCUGUUCAUCAAGAACGGAGCUGACGUCAAUUUGACUAACGCGCACGGAGACACAGGUCUGCAUAAAGCGUGUGAUGAAGGUCAUGACAAGAUUGUGGAGCUGCUCAUCAAGAACGGAGCUAAUCUCAAUGUGACUAACAAUGACGGAUGGACAGGUCUGCAUUACGCGUGUAGGGGAGGUCAUGACAAUGUUGUUGAGCUGCUCAUCAAGAACGGAGCUGAUCUCAAUGUGACUAACCGGCACGGAGACACAGGUCUGCAUAAAGCGUGUGAUGAAGGUCAUGACAAGAUUGUGGAGCUGCUCAUCAAGAACGGAGCUAAUCUCAAUGUGACUAACAAUAAUGGAGACACAGGUCUGCAUAAAGCGUGUGAAGGAGGCCAUGACAAGGUUGUAGAGCUGCUCAUUAAGAACAGAGCUGAUCUCAAUGUGACUAACAAGAACAACACGCGCCCGGUUGACGAUGCUUGGGGACUGGGCAAAGAUACACGGCUACUGCUGGAGACAGAAACACGGAAGCAGGCGGAGUACAGCGAGCUGGUCUCAUCCGUGGGGUCUGAGGAGGGGACAACAGUCAAACUGUUUCUCUGUGGAGACGGGCAGGUCGGCAAAACAUCUUUGCGAAAGAUUCUGAAAAAGACGGGCGUCAUCGUUGUUGCUUUCUGGAACAUAAAGAGGAGGGUCAGAAGACAAGACGUCUUUAACCCCACCCCGGGGGUGCAUGUAUCCAGCAAACCCGUGCGGGGAAUCGGGAGACUCAGUCUGCAUGACUUCGCAGGACAGGCGCAGUUCUACGUCACACACGCCAUGCUGCUCCGCACCACUAACGCCAUCUUUCCUGUCGUCUACAAAAUCACGGAUGGGGAGGAGGUACAGAAACGGCAGGUCCACGGUUGGCUGAGCUUCAUCCACUGCAGUAACGCAGAUCCCACCAACAAACCCCGGAUUGUCCUGAUCGCCAGCCAUGCGGACAAGCUACAGGACCAGGAAGCAGGUAUGCGCCGGGCUAAAGCUCUGGUGGAACACUACAGGAAACUGUUCGAGGAGUCACUGAUUGUGUCACUGGAGGUGUUUCUCAUCAACUGCCUGGAGGCGGGGUCCCGUGAGAUACAGCGGCUACGAGAGGUGCUGAGAACGUUUAGGAACGACAUGCUGAAGCAAAGACCACAGGUCCCAAAGGUUUGUGUCCAGUUGUUGAAAAUGAUUGAAAGCCGGAGGCAGGACGGAAAGAUGUUUCCAGUGAUGGAAUGGCAGGACUUCCUAACAGCUGUCAGGCAGGCAACGUAUGGCACCCUUGAGUCACGUAUCAUACAUCUGGCGUCAUCGUAUCUUCACGAUGAAGGGGAGAUCAUCUACCUUCGCCGCGAAGCUGACUCGUUGGUAGUGUUGGACCCCCAGUGGCUGUUCACAUCCGUUUUCGGAUCCCUGCUUGCUCCAGACAACUUCCCAAUUGACAAGGUUGAGAGGACUGCUGACGAUUACGUCACCCUUGAGGAGCUGACACGUGUCUUCAAUGCCGUUGCCGACAUCCCUCUGCUGAUCAAACUUCUCCAGGACUUCCAGCUCUGCCACACGUACGACGAUCGCACCUUCAUCAUCCCCAGCCUGCUGCAGCAGGAGAUGGAAGAGGCGGCGUGGUCUCCUGUGUCCAGCAAGGCUGUCUACUUCGGUCUGCAGAUCCAAGGCCGCACGGAGAUCGACAGCUUCUCGUGCGACCUGUUCCCGCGGCUGCAGACGCUGCUGAUGCAGGCGCAUCCGGACAAGCUCAGCCGGCCUCUCCUGUGGAAGAACAGCGCCAAAUGUACCGACGGGAAGGCCGAAGCGCUGCUCCAGAUCACACAGGACAAGAGGCAGCUCAACAUCUUCGUCAGGAGCACGAAAGGCAUCAGGGAGCAUUGCGCAUCUCUAAUGGACCUCCUAAAUGAUAUGACGUACCGCCUGCUGCACGAGACCAGCCCCGGAGCCAGGUCACGGGACAUGGUGCUCAGCGACCUGGACCUCCGGGAACACAGACCGCAGCCUCACGCCUAUAGCAGGGAAGAGGUGGAGGCGGCGGCCGAGGAGGGCAGAGACGUCAUCCAUCCUAAGAGGAACAUUCCGGAAGAUGUCAAGGAUCUGCUGAUACAGCUCAGCAGCCUGAAAGGCAUGCUGGGACGGGUAGCCCGGAAGAGGCCGGAGCUGGUGGAGACCUUACGUCACAUCAACCCCAUCCUGGACCACCUCCGCGCUGAUGACGUCAUCAACUUGGACGAGAACGACCGCAUCCGGGCUGCCAGGACCCCCCAGGAUGCAGCGCGCGAGCUGCUGGACAUUCUGGAGGCCAAAGGUGAAAGGGCAUGUGUCAAGUUCCACUCAGUCCUUAAAACAUGUGAUAAGUUUGCUGCAAGCCUCAUAGUGGAGGAAGAAAUGUCUGAGGAGGGGGCUACAGCAAGUUAGUAUUCAAUAACAGAAACUUUGAUAUUUUGUUAUUAGACAUUAGUUAUUAACCUAUACUGAAAUCAAAAUCAUUAAACUUCACCAAUUCUGCCUUCAGGGUUAGGGUACAUUUUGGAAAUUAAGAAUAAAGAAAACAUGUGAGCGUUCCUAAUGCCAUAUUGAAUCGUGUACCCAAGGUACAAUUGUCUUACACGGAGAUUUCAGGAGCUUGUAUAGAUUGUAAAGAUUAUAUUUUAUCAUGCGGUUAGGCCAUGAAAGAUACAGUUUUCAUCAUCAAUACGUUAUAAGCAUGCUGCUAGUCGUUCAGAGAAGAAAAUUGUGUGUGGGGAGGGGGGCUACAGCAAUUAAGAGCUGGGGUUCUGUUACUCUACAUUUCGUAUUCCUUUUGUUUAAAGUAUACGCCUUUUCAUCUCUGAAAGAGUCAAUUUCGUUUGGCUCGUAAUGCGAAGGUGCAAAUGUUUUACAGGUUAAUAAUCAUGACUC